GACUGAAUGACCUUGAUGUGUCCGAGCGCACACGUCCUUCAAAUUUACACUUGAUAUCCACAGUGGAGAAGCUUUUUUAUCUUCAGAAUGUCAGGUUUGUGAUCUUUUCUCAUUAGCGAAAGUCACCACACCAUGUUUGUAUACAUAGUUUUCCACUGACGACACUACAGGAUUUCUGUUACUUUUUUUACUUCCAAACUCACCUACUGUUCUCUCUGACUUUUCCUGUAAACGGUCAGUUUGAACUUUCAAACGUUUGAUGGAAAAUAUUUAUCUUUUAGUAAUCCAAACCAUAGGUUAAUGUCAUGAUGGGUUGACUUCAUGGCUUUCGUAUAUCUACUCAGUUUUUAUCCGGUCCACCCCAUCACUAAAAUAGUGCCUCGAGCAAUUGGUUCGAAUUUUCAUUGCACACCUUGCUUAUAUCUGCCUGUCCACGUCCACAGGUAGAUUUCCGUUAUUGACCUAGCAAUACGUAUAACGCCAAAGCUUCUCACGCGUUUCUUUAGAAGAUUGCUACUUAGAAUCUGUCUCAGUGAAGGGUCAGUAACUUUACCACGAAUUCUAUUUUUCGCUACAACUUCUUACAAUCUUAAAUCAAGGUUCAAUGUAUAGCCAGGCUUGAAACCACUUCUGCAUGCUAUUAUGUAGCCUACAAAGUAUUUCUUUUUGUAAUCUACAUUUCUGAGGCGUGAUAUUUGGAGAUAACAGACAUGGUGACCAUUCAUGCCUGCACAUCAUGAUGAAAUCGUCGAGUAAUGUUCAGGUGAUAGUGCGUAGGGCGAGACUCUAGCUCAUGGACGACCUCUGAACAAAUCUUAUGUGACCUUGGAAAACAUUAGCUAAUCUCAAAACAGUUAAUAUAGAAUAGAAAUAUAUUAUUCUAAACCAAAAACUUAAAGUGGAUACACUUCUUUUACAUGGCUCAGAAACUUGUCAAGGUUAGAAAGAAGUUCGGAGGUUCUAAAAUCGUAAUGCAUACAGUAGAGGGACUCAUCCAUAUAGCUCCAUAAUAGUCGGCCUCUGGAGCCGUGAUAAUGUCGUAGAAACUCUUUCAGCCUCGACUACAUAGCUUCAAUAUUGUAAGUGUGCACUCCAGUUGUUGGGUCCGCAAAAUGGCGCUCGUGGAUAACGAUAUAAUGCACAUAACGAAGUCUAUGUAGGCAUCUGUGCGCUCUCCAAUCAUCCGUAUAUAUUCUAGUGCCUGGCUGCACAUAUUCCCGUAUAAGAAGUUCAUUAGCAUCUUAAAGGCCCUGUAUACGAACGCCUCAGGCAGAGUGAGGGCAUACAACCACCUUUCUCCCUUGUUCCAUUCGAGCAGUGGGGUUAGGCAGGGUUGCCCGAUCUCACCAUUCCUCUUCAACUUUGCCAUCGACGACAUCCUGGAAACAGCUCUGGUGGGUGUAAGUAAUGGCGGUGUGGAUAUGUUGCCUGGAGAACGACUUCUCGACCUCGAGUAUGCGGAUGAUAUUGUCUUACUGUGCGAUAAUGCCCAAGGCAUGCAAUCAGCACUUAAUCAGUUGGCAAUCAGUGUCCGCAGGUACGGCAUGUGCUUUGCACCCUCCAAGUGCAAAGCACUCCUACAAGACUGACAGGAUUCUAAUCCUGUACUCACCCUGGAUGGUGAGGAGAUCGAAGUAGUUGAGAAGUUCGUGUAUCUAGGUAGCUAUAUAAGUGCUGGUGAUGGCGUGAGUGAUGAGAUUGAUGCACGUAUAAGGAAAGCCAGAGCGGCUUAUGCCAAUGUGGGCCAUCUUUGGCGCCUUCGUGAUGUUAGUCUGGCUGUAAAAGGUCGGAUCUACAACGCGUCGGUGAGAGCAGUUUUGCUCUAUGCUUGUGAAACCUGGCCUCUCCGAGUUGAGGAUGUUAGACGUCUCUCUGUGUUCGAUCAUCGUUGUCUCCGAAGGAUUGCUGACAUCCAGUGGCAACACCAUGUUAGUAAUGCAGAGGUUCGGCAUCGUGUGUUCGGGCACAGAGACGAUAAUUCAAUUGGUGUCACCAUCUUGAAACACCGACUUCGGUGGCUUGGACAUGUUUUACGAAUGUCGUCCCAGAGACUUCCACGUCGUGCAUUAUUUGCCGACCCUGGGACUGGUUGGAGAAAGCGGAGAGGAGGUCAGUGUAUGACAUGGUGUCGUGGCAUGAAAGAGAGCUGAAAAGGGCUAGUUUCCGUUGGUCCUUCACGACUCCCUGGUUGGGGUCCGAGAGAUGGUGCAACACAGUGGCUAGAGACGUUAUCAGAUAUGGCUCAGAAUAGAAGCCAGUGGCGAUCCUGCUGCAACCUUCUUUUACUUUCUACAUAAAGAAUGGUUCUAACUUUCCUAACUGAAAGAGUCUUCUGGUUGUACAUUUCAGUCCGCCUUAUUUUUUCAUCCCUUCUCUUCUUUCAUUAUUUUGUGUGGCACAUAUGUACCUGGUGCCAUUUUGUACCAAUAUAUAUGUGAUUAAAUAAAUAAAUAAACAAAUUCCCGUAUAAUUGGUAUCAUCGUUGUUGCCUGUUGGUUUCUAACCCGUUGGAAGUGUCCCUUGUGAAAUGACCUGUCGUACAUUCCAAAGACCUGUGAGGUAUACUCAUGGAAGUGUUACUUACCCAGUCUUAUUUAACAUUACGCCCUCUGUUGAAUUUUUGUUUUCUAACUACUGUUUCAGCUAUUUCAACGAUUCUUUCGACUCCCCUAAACGGCUCGUGUAAGCUUGUCAUUUUCAUUGCACAUAUAUCUACAAUACUCAUACCAUUGAACUGCCGAAGCUCCGUAACAUCUGCAAAGGUUGCAGCCAAUGUUACUGGUGCUUUUAUCAUCCAGUCUCAACAAUUAUCAUGAUUCACCUUAGUCUCAAUCUGGAUCGAGCGAAAAAUGUUCCUGUUUUUCCUCCAACAUAAAUAACAUCGAAAGACAUCAUCACGGAAGUCUGCACAAGGUCCAACAGUCAUUUGAUUACCGCAAUCACAAAUAAAGGAACUUAGAAAUCUCAUUUGUUGUAACCGCUUAAUUAUCACAUCUCUAAAAUCCGCUAUGAACCAACCGUAUGUGAGCAUGUAUGAUCGGUUUAUACUGAUCAUAAUCAGACUAGAUACUAUGUUUUCAUCACGGUCAUGAAUGUUCUCAAUUCUUUUCCCGUAUGCUUAUCUUAUACCUGAAAGCGAUUCCAGGUGUCAUGCCCGUCGACCAUUGUUAUUUUUACUAUUAAAGCCCUCUAGGAUAUUUUAGUGUCCAUAGGUUGAGGCUAAAUGUUAUGUUAUUGAUAUCUUACAUUGUUAUAACGGUCCGAUUUAUUUUUUAACACGAAUGGGACGUUAAUUUACCUUAGACGAAUAUCUACACUAGAUUCACUCCCAGUGUCUAUUGUACAAAACUUCAACACAGAUCAAGAACACGUGGUUAGCCUGACAAGAACGUAAAUACAUUUCCACCCCGAAACCCGACACAAUCCAACAACAAUGAACAAUCAAUCAAUAAUAAGGAUAGGGGAAUAUAUAACUCAUUUGACACCUGUCAGACUAUCUACAUGUCUGACUAAGCAGACAACCAAUCAUUCUCGCCCACACAUCAUAAACAAUAUCAUAUUGUUGCAGUUAUACAACCGUAAUAUUGUUGUGGUUUGAUACCGUGUAAUUACAUAUUUUCGAAACGCUUUCUGGAGCUGAUUAACUUAUCUUUUUAACGAUUUUUAGAUCCCUUUUAUGUUGAAGGGGAUCUGGAAGAUUUUGAAGAAGAUGAUCCUGAACGUCAGUUUUAUGGAGAUGAACAAAGUAAUGAGGACGAUGAAAUCACUCCAGAUAUGUGGCAGGAAGCUUGUUGGAUUGUUAUAAGCAGCUAUUUUGACGAAAAGGGCUUAGUCAGACAACAGUUGGAUUCUUUUGAUGAAUUCAUCCAAACAUCGAUUCAGAAAAUUGUUGAAGAUUCUCCUAUUAUCGAGUUACAAGCAGAAGCUCAGCAUAGUGGUGGAAUUUUAGAAACUCCUGUUCAAUAUCGUCUAAAGUUCGAACAAAUCUAUCUGAGUAAAGCUACUCAUUGGGAAAAAGAUGGCUCCUCUGUGCCGAUGACACCCAAUGAUGCAAGACUACGAAACUUGACUUAUGCAGCACCGCUUUAUGUCGAUGUAAUGAAGAAAAUAAUUCGUGAUGAAAUUGAAGAGGAAAAACCGUUAGAAAAGAAGUUUAUAGGCAAAAUUCCGAUUAUGUUGAGAUCUACAUAUUGUCUUUUAUCAGUGAUGAGUGAUCGUGAUCUUGCUGAAUUAAAUGAAUGUCCUCUAGAUCCUGGCGGAUAUUUCAUCAUUAAUGGAUCUGAGAAAGUUUUGAUAGCACAGGAAAAAAUGGCUACGAAUACAGUAUAUGUUUUUAAACAAAAGGAUAGUAAAUAUGCUUACAAAACAGAAAUUCGAUCAUGUCUUGAGCAUAGUUCCCGACCAGCUAGUACAUUAUGGAUUAAUAUGAUGGCACGUGGUGGUAAAGAUGGCAGUAAACGAGCUACUAUUGGUCAAAGAAUUGUGGCUAUAUUACCAUAUAUAAAACAAGAGAUUCCAGUGUUAAUUGUAUUUCGUGCAUUAGGUUUUGUCGCUGAUCGUGAUAUAUUAGAACAUAUAAUUUAUGAUUUUGAUGACACAGAAAUGCGUGAAAUGAUUAAACCUUCUUUGGAUGAUGCAUUUGUAAUUCAGGAACAAAAAGUCGCUCUUAAUUUCAUUGGUUCUCGUGGUGCUCGACCUGGUGUAACAAAAGAAAAACGUAUAAAAUAUGCCAAAGAAAUCCUUCAAAAAGAAACUUUACCACAUGUUGGAGUAUCGGAUUUUUGUGAAACACGUAAAGCUUACUUUUUAGGCUAUAUGGUUCAUCGUUUAUUAUUGGCUGCGUUAAAACGUCGUGAUGUUGAUGAUCGUGAUCAUUAUGGAAAUAAACGAUUAGAUUUAGCUGGUCCACUUCUUGCAUUUUUAUUUCGUGGAUUAUUUAGAAAUCUUACUAAAGAAAUUCGUUUAUAUGCUCAAAAAUUCAUUGAUAAAGGCAAAGAUUUUAAUUUGGAAUUGGCCAUACGUAGUCAAAUUAUUACAGAUGGUUUAAAAUAUUCACUUGCUACUGGUAAUUGGGGUGAUCAGAAAAAGGCAAAUCAAGCACGUCCAGGUGUCUCACAGGUGCUUAAUCGUUUAACAUUUGCAUCAACAUUAUCACAUUUAAGGCGACUGAAUUCACCUAUUGGAAGAGAUGGAAAAUUGGCAAGACCUAGACAAUUGCAUAAUACUUUAUGGGGUAUGAUUUGUCCAGCUGAAACACCUGAAGGUCAUGCUGUGGGAUUAGUGAAAAAUCUUGCUUUGAUGGCAUAUAUUUCAGUUGGAAGUCAACCAUCACCUAUUUUAGAAUUCUUAGAAGAGUGGAGUAUGGAGAAUUUGGAAGAAAUAGCUCCUUCAGCUAUUGGAAAGACAUGUAAAAUAUUUGUCAACGGCUGUUGGGUUGGUAUUCAUAGUUCACCAGAUCAUUUAAUGGGUACUCUACGAAAACUACGUCGUCAAGUUGAUGUCAUUGUCAGUGAAGUCAGUAUGAUUCGGGAUUAUCGUGAUCAAGAGAUACGAAUCUAUACAGAUGCUGGUCGUAUUUGCCGUCCAUUGGUUAUUGUUGAAAAAGGCAAAUUACUAUUGAAACGUAGUCAUAUUGAACUUUUAAAAGAUAAAGCGUAUAAUCGUUACAGCUGGCAAGAUCUUGUACUCAGUGGUGUCGUUGAAUAUAUUGAUACUUUAGAAGAAGAAACUGUUAUGAUUGCUAUGGGUCCUGCAGAAAUGCAAGCUGCUGUAAAUUAUUGUAAAACACAUACACAUUGUGAAAUUCAUCCAAGUAUGAUAUUAGGUAUAUGUGCCAGUAUUAUACCAUUCCCUGAUCAUAAUCAAUCACCAAGAAAUACAUAUCAAAGUGCUAUGGGUAAACAAGCUAUGGGUGUGUAUAUUAGUAAUUUUCAUACAAGAAUGGAUACAUUGGCUAAUGUAUUGUAUUAUCCACAAAAACCAUUAGUUGCUACGCGAUCUAUGGAGUAUUUACGUUUUAGAGAACUUCCAGCAGGUAUUAAUGCAAUUGUUGCCAUUGCAACAUAUACCGGUUAUAAUCAAGAAGAUUCUGUUAUUAUCAAUGAAAGCGCUAUACAACGUGGUUUCUUUCGAUCAGAAUUUUAUCGUACUUAUAAAGAUCAAGAAACGCGACAUGGUAUGGAUUUAGAAGAAGUAUUUGAAAAACCAAAUCCACAAAAUUGUCAAGGAAUGCGUCAUGCUAUUUAUGAUAAAUUAGAUGAUGAUGGAUUGAUUGCACCUGGUACUAGAGUUUCUGGUGAUGAUGUAUUAAUUGGUAAAACAAUUACUUUACCAGAGAAUGAAGAUGAGAUGGAAGGUGGACAACGACGAUAUACUAAACGUGAUGCCAGUGUAUUUAUGCGUCGUAGUGAAUAUGGUAUAGUUGAUCAAGUGAUGGUCACAUGGAAUAAUGAAGGCAAUAAAUUUUGUAAAGUACGUGUACGUACUACCAAAGCACCACAAGUUGGUGAUAAAUUCGCUAGUCGACAUGGACAAAAAGGUACUUGUGGAAUUCGUUAUCGUCAAGAAGAUAUGCCAUUCACAUGUGAAGGAAUUACACCAGAUAUUAUUAUUAAUCCACACGCUAUUCCUAGUCGUAUGACUAUUGGACAUUUAAUUGAAUGUUUACAGGGUAAAGUCAGUGCAAAUAAAGGUGAAAUUGGUGAUGCUACACCAUUUAAUGAUGCUGUAAAUGUACGUAAAAUUUCAUUGCUUUUACAAGAAUAUGGUUAUCAACAUACCGGUAAUGAAAUUAUGUAUAAUGGAUUUACUGGAAGAAAAUUAAAUUCACAAAUUUUCUUAGGACCAACUUAUUAUCAACGUUUAAAACAUAUGGUUGAUGAUAAAAUUCAUAGUCGUUCACGUGGACCUGUACAAAUACUUAAUCGUCAACCUAUGGAAGGUCGUAGUCGUGAUGGUGGUCUACGUUUUGGUGAAAUGGAACGUGAUUGUCAAAUAGCUCAUGGUGCAGCACAAUUUUUACGUGAACGUUUAUUUUUUGCUAGUGAUCCAUAUCAAGUUUAUGUGUGUAAUUUAUGUGGUCUUAUAGCAAUUGCUCAUCAACGGAAUAAAACUUAUGAGUGUAGAAGCUGUAAAAAUACAACUCAGAUUUCUUUAGUGAAAUUACCUUAUGCUUGUAAAUUAUUAUUCCAAGAAUUAAUGUCAAUGUCAAUUGCACCAAGAAUGAUGAUCAAUAGUCCUGCAGCUUACUGAUACUGGGGUGGUAGUGUUGGAGGAAAGAAUGAGUUUUCUUUCUGUUCAUGUGUUUCAGACUUCAUCAUCAUUAUCAUUCACAUUGUAUUGAGGCUUGCCUUUUUUAUUUCUUUGUACAUACAACUUUUCUACAUUAUC